CAUGACCUAUCGACAGAUUCCUUCAUUCAAGCCGUAUGUAGGUUCGUCAGUCGACGCGGACCGCCGAACGAGUUGUUCAGUGACAACGGGACGAAUUUUAGAGGAGCGGAAUCUGAAGUUAAGCAAAUGUUGCAAAAUUGGAAUCAAGCUAGAAUAUUAGAUCGUCUAAGAGAAAAGGGAAUUCAAUGGCAUUUCUCUGCUCCGAAAGCAAGCCAUAGCGGGGGAGUUUGGGAGCGCAUGAUCAGAACAAUCAGGAAGCAAAUGCGUGUUAUAAUAGGAGACCGAGUUGUUGAUGAUGAAACGCUCCUUACAGUAAUGUGCGAAGUCGAGAAAAUAGUGAAUGAUCGGCCUCUUGUACGGCAGUGUGAUGACCCUCGAGAUUUAUCAACUCUUACACCAAACACUCUACUCCUGCGUUAUCGAAACAUAAGCACAAGUGCAAGUUCUUCACCUACGGCAAAUAACCCCCGAGAAAUAUGGAAACGAGCGCAGAAGUUAGCUGACCAGUUUUGGGCAAGGUGGUUAAAGGAAUACCUGCCAAGUUUGCAAGAACGACAGAAAUGGCUACACCCAAAACGAAACUUAAUCAAAGGUGAUGUCGUUUUGAUGGUGAUGGAAGAUACUCCCAGAGGUGAAUGGCCUCUAGCAAUAGUUGAAGAAACAUUUCCCGAUAGCAACGGACAUGUUCGGCAAGUAGAGAUCCGCACGGCGAAUCAAAGUCGUUAUCGUCGAGAUGUCAGGAAGUUGUGCCUAUUGGAGACUGCGAAGUAAAGCGAGAAAUUCUUCAGAAAACGAACGUUAUUGUUGUUGUCACUUAACUGUUAUUAUUAUUUUGUUUACGUUAAACGACGGUAUCUAUUGGUUUAUGUUUGGUUAUUCGACAAGAUUGGUGGACACAUUGUUUAAAACUUGCGCAAGUUAACAUUGAAAACAUUUGUAUUGUAGCUCUCGAUCCUUUUUGAAUUACUGAACGACGUAUAGUAGGUCGUUCGGGGCUGGUAUGUAGGAUCGAGAUGCAUAGAGCUUAGGUUAUGCUAAUUAUUAUGCUAAUUAUUAUGCUAAUUAUUAUGAAAACAAAAAGGGACCCGUAUAAAAGCAUGGUUUUUGGGGUCUUUUGAGAUUGAGCACAAUUCAUGUAUAGUGGUGUAUUUUUGUACAUGGAUGUUUAUAUUUAGUGGCCAAAUUACGAGAACCGUACGUUUGACGCAUUGCAUUGAAAUAAAGACUUAUCUGUA